GUUCCAGGCUCGGGCUCAGCAGGCAGCGGCGGCCGCUGGGGACGGCAGCUGAACGGCCGGGGCUAGGGCUGGGGAAGGAACCGCGACCUGGGCGGGGUAGGAGGGCCGUGAGCGCUCAUGGCGGGCGGCGUGGACGAGGAGGUACUGCACCAGCUGUACCUGUGGGUGGACAACAUCCCCCUGUCCCGGCCCAAGCGGAACCUCUCGCGGGACUUCAGUGACGCAGUCCUGGCUGCUGAGGUGGUGAAGUUUUACUUCCCCAAGAUGGUGGAGAUGCAUAACUACGUUCCAGCCAAUUCCGUACAGCAGAAAAUCAACAAUUGGAUUCACCUGAAUAGGAAGGUGUUGCACAAGCUGAAUUUCUCUGUUCCUGAGGAUGUGAUCCAGAAGAUUGCUCAGUGCUCCCCGGGAGUGGUGGAACUGGUGCUGAUCCCGCUGCGGCAGAGGCUGGAGGAAAAAAAGCAAAGAAAACAGGGGGUUGGCUCAUCUCAGGAGCUGGAUCUCCAGGAAGGCAGUAACUACAUGGAUAUGGAUUUCUCGCAGAAGACCCCAAGGGGUGGCACCAUGGAGCCCUGGAAAGCCGGGCAGCUCAGGGGGGGCAAGCUUCUCCCUGCAGCUAGCCGGGCCAUGCAGGGGGACCCAAACUUCGUAGUCCAGAUGGCUGAGAAGGAGCAAGAGCUGUUGGCCUCCCAGGAGACUGUCCAGGUCCUUCAGAUGAAGGUGCGACGCCUGGAACAUCUGCUGCAGCUCAAAAAUGUCCGCAUUGAUGACCUGAGUCGACGCCUUCAGCAGGCCCAGCGCAAGCCUCGGUGAGCGGAGCAAGGAUGGAGGCCCUGUGCCAGUUCCCACUCCCCUUCUAGCCUCCCUUCCUGGAAGUGCCUCUACUGACUGCGUGUCCAGGCCCAGCUGGACAGACUGACCUCGGGUCCUGGAAUCCUGACCCCUUGGGAGUUUCUGCCCUGAUCAUAGGCAGUGAGCGACAACCACAAAGGCUUGGGCUGCCCGCGUGGCACCUCGGAGCCUGGGGGGGGAGGCCCCUGAGAGGUACCCAAACAGAACUCCCAAGUCAGGAUCUCUUCCUUCCCUCUGGGUCAGGAAGGACGUUGGGAGCGCUGGAGGUGGGGCUGGCCCAGCUGCCGCUGGACCAGAGCUAUGCUGGUAUGGGGGGUGCUGAGUGUCACAAAAGAGGGUGGGGAAGCGGGUCAGGGGCUUGGGUGGCUGGGGAACCAGCCCUUUCGCCUAUGCCUGGCAUCUUUCCUUGUUCUGGACUCAGCCUCCUCCUCCCCCUGGGCCAGGCAAAAGAGGUAUCCCUUGGAACCUGAACCCAGAACCCAGACAUCUUCCCUGCUUCCUGAAAUCCUGGUCACAGGGGCUGCAGAGUGCUCUAUG